GCUUCCAGUGCUCCCCAGUGCCAGCUCUGGUGGUGGUGGUGAGCAGAGGCUGCGACCCGCCUCGCUCCGCGCUGUCGGGAGGUGGCGGGGGCUGCGAGGCACGGCCGCCUCUCCUGCCCCCCCGUUAUGCCUCCUAUGGGGGAGGAGUCUCCGAAGUCUACCAAAAGCACGACAAAGCCUGGCGGCAGCAGCACCACCACCAGCAGCAGCAGCAGUAGCGGGAAGGAUGGUGGGGUGGAGAAUUCAGAAGAGGCCCAGCAGCCUCAGCAGCAGCCGCAGCAGCAGCAGCCACCGCAGCCAACUUCAAAUAAGCGGCCCAGUAACAGUGCUCCACCCCCAACCCAGCUGAAUAAGAUCAAGUACUCAGGGGGACCCCAGAUUGUGAAGAAGGAGCGGAGGCACAGCUCUUCCCGCUUCAAUCUCAGCAAAAACCGGGAGCUGCAGAAGCUCCCAGCCCUUAAAGAUGCUCCUCCCCACGAGCGAGAAGAGCUUUUCAUCCAGAAGCUGCGGCAGUGCUGUGUGCUUUUCGAUUUCAUCUCUGACCCCCUCAGUGACCUGAAGUUCAAGGAGGUGAAGCGAGCAGGUCUCAACGAGAUGGUGGAGUACAUCACGCACAACCGCGACGUCGUCACUGAGGCCAUCUACCCCGAAGCUGUUAUCAUGUUUUCAGUGAACCUCUUCCGGACGCUCCCACCCUCAUCCAACCCCACCGGCGCGGAGUUCGACCCCGAGGAGGAUGAGCCUACACUAGAGGCUGCCUGGCCACACCUUCAGCUGGUGUAUGAGUUCUUCCUCCGCUUCCUGGAGUCACCUGACUUUCAACCAAAUGUAGCCAAGAAAUACAUUGACCAGAAGUUUGUACUGUCUCUGCUGGAUCUCUUUGACAGUGAGGACCCCAGAGAACGUGACUUCCUAAAGACUAUUCUGCACAGGAUCUAUGGGAAGUUCCUGGGCCUGAGAGCCUAUGUCAGGAGGCAGAUCAACAACAUCUUUUACAGGUUCAUCUAUGAAACAGAGCACCACAAUGGGAUUGCAGAGCUGCUGGAGAUACUGGGGAGCAUAAUCAAUGGCUUUGCUUUGCCUCUGAAGGAAGAGCACAAGAUGUUCCUCAUCAGAGUCUUGUUACCACUGCACAAAGUGAAGUCUCUCAGUGUCUAUCACCCACAGUUGGCAUACUGUGUUGUACAGUUCUUGGAGAAAGACAGCAGCUUGACAGAGCCGGUGAUUGUGGGCUUGCUGAAGUUCUGGCCGAAAACUCACAGUCCCAAGGAGGUGAUGUUCCUAAAUGAGCUGGAGGAGAUCCUGGACGUGAUUGAGCCAUCUGAGUUUGUGAAAGUUAUGGAGCCCUUGUUCAGGCAGCUGGCCAAGUGUGUCUCCAGCCCACACUUCCAGGUGGCAGAGCGAGCGCUGUACUACUGGAACAACGAAUAUAUCAUGAGCCUGAUCAGCGAUAACGCAGCCAAAAUCCUCCCCAUCAUGUUUCCAGCACUCUACAAGAACUCCAAGAGUCACUGGAACAAGACAAUCCAUGGCCUGAUCUACAAUGCACUGAAGCUGUUCAUGGAGAUGAACCAAAAGCUUUUUGAUGACUGCACACAGCAAUACAAGGCAGAGAAGCAGAAGGGAAGGUUCAGGAUGAAGGAACGAGAAGAAAUGUGGCAGAAAAUAGAGGAGCUGGCCCGGCUGAACCCCCAGUACCCCAUGUAUUAUGCACCUUCACCAUUGCCUCCUGUCUGCUGUAUGGAAACAGAGACCCCGACUGCAGAGGACAUACAGCUGCUGAAGAAAACAGUGGAGACGGAGGCUGUGCAGAUGCUGAAGGACAUUAAGAAGGAGAAAGUUUUGCUGCGACGGAAAUCUGAGCUUCCUCAGGACGUCUACACUAUAAAAGCCCUGGAGGCCCACAAGAGAGCAGAAGAGUUUCUCACUUCAAGCCAGGAGGCUCUCUGACGGGCUCAGGAGCUGCCCCGGGAAGCUCUACCCCAUCCCUUUCCCCCAGGGGUCACGGAAAUGCACUUGGUUCUCAUGUAUAAAUAAGGAAUGAACAUGGUGAGCUGUGCCUGUCCUCCACUCCAUCUACAUCCCUCCAGGGUAGAUCUGCUUUUAUGUUAUAACUUGUAUCUCACCACUGUCAUGUCCUCCUGCUUUUCCUCCUCCCUUCUGCUUUUCUACCUGGGGUGUGCAUGCAUGAAGGGAACCUGCCUGACCUGUGAUUGUAUCAGCCCAGGCAGCUUCAUUUCCAGCUGCUACCAGGUGGUUCUUACUCUGCCUGGGAGUCAGAGCCUUGCCAUGCUGCGGCACAGGCUCUGCGUUGGCCAGAGACUACCACGUGUGGCUCAGCAUGCUGCUGCAAGCCCCAAGUGCCCAUCUCCACCAUGCCUGCCCCUCUGCAGCCAAGCCCUGUGGUGCCCAGAGGUCAGGCUGAGCUCGGGGCAGGAGUUUGUGGGGACCCUGCUGCCUCUCCAGCUUGCCUUGGGGUGCAGCUCUGCAGCUGAAGGGUCUCAUGUACAGCAGAGGAGAUGUUAGCUUCCAGUCUUCUUUUGCUUCAAGCCUCUUGUUCUGUUCCUGUCAGUGGAGUGGGGGUUCAGUGCUUUGCCACCCCUGGUAAAGCUGGGUGCAAGCACUAUGUACUGUUGCAGCCCUCCCUUUAGAGCAUCCUUAGAAGCUCUCUUGUGGGAAAGUGAAUUCCUUCAGCUGUUUGUGUUGGUCUGUGCUGACUCCUCAUCUGCAUCCCAGUGUCUUGGGUUAACUGUGGGCCCAGAAUUAACUUUCUGCUUUGUAGCAGGUGUCAGCCACUGACUCCUGCUCCCUUCAUCUACCUGCUCAAUUAAAAGACUCCUGCUGCUCUCCCUUUGUCACUCUAUCCCAUCCCUAGCUCUGCAGUGGCCAGGGUUUCUAGGAAGCUUGUGCUGCUCAAGUAAUUUCUGCAAACUAAUAGAAGCAAUGGAUACACGUUUCAGGGCCAGGCCAAGUUUGAGUGUUGUCUCCUCUUUAUGACCAGUGGCUAGGUGCUACUGCUUCUGUGUGUGUGCUCUGAGCAAAGUCCGCCUUGCCCUGCUACUUUGGCACCUGCUGCAGCCCCAGACCCUCGUUACUUACCAUGUGGUGCACCUGGAACUUGUGCUAAUUUAGCCUUUAGAGCACACUUGCUGAUAGCCCAGGGGGUUGCAAAGCACUUGGGUGCUACUGUUAUGCUACAGCUUUCUCCCCUGCCUUUUGUGGUGCAGACUCAGUGCCAGGCCAAGGUGUCACCUCAGAGAGGCUGGUUUGUGGUAGCAGAGGGAACUCUUCCUUGCUUCUUACCUGCUGUGCUUGCAUUUUUGACACAUAAGCUUAAGUGGGGUUGCAGUAGUGGAGAGAGCACACAGGGUUGAUGCUAGUCUGCCACUGCUUUGCAGCAUCAUGGGGUACUGCAGAAGCUCCUGCUGUAUCUGCCUAUCCUCACCAGAGAACCAUUCCCAGGCCAGAGGUUCCUCCCCUCUCAUCUUGCCACUGGUGUGCAGCGUUAUCUUUCCUCCAACCCAAAACUAAGGAUUUUUGUAUUUCCCCUGUGUAUCCUGUCCCUCCAUCCCUGCUUGGCACACUUCCCCAUCCCUUAGGAGUAGCUGGCAAGCACGAGCACGUGCGGGACCACCACCAGUCAGGCAGGACCCUAUCUCCCCUCUGCUUCGUGCAAGGGGCCAGUUCAUCAGGAGACUUACAAAACACCUCAGGGAGGUUCUUGCUUAUUUUGAACAUUAGUCCAAGCUCAUGGUCAGCUGCCAAUUGAUUACCUCAUGCCUGGCACAGCAUGUAGACAUGCCCCAGGUGAUGCCAGCGGGAGCGGCCGGGCAGCAGGCGUCUCGGGGCGCCAAGGCUGGCCGAGCACCCCUGGCAGCAGGGCUCGGGAGGGUGGUGCUCCCCGCUGCAGUACAGGCUCUCUAACUCAUCCAUGUCAGAAGCCACCGCUUGACUUUUGGGGUGCUGCAGCAUGCACGUGCCCUCAC